CUGAUGACCCGAGUCCUGGUUCUGUGUCCUCACCCCACCUGCCCUGCCCUUCCCCCAGCACUGCUGUCCGCCGUGCGGAUCAAUGGGGAUGGCCAGGAGAUCCUGUACCUAGCUGAAGGUGAUAACGUGAGGCUGGGCUGCCCCUACAUCCUGGACCCUGAGGACUAUGGUCCCAGCGGGCUGGACAUCGAGUGGACGCAGGUUGACUCAGACCCCUCACAUCGGGAGAAUGUGUUCCUUAGUUACCAGGACAAGAGGAUAAACCAUGGCAACCUUCCCCAUCUGCAGCAGAGGGUCCGCUUUGCAGCCUCGGACCCCAGCCAGUACGAUGCCUCCAUCAACCUCAUGAACCUGCAGGUAUCCGACACAGCCACCUAUGAGUGCCGGGUGAAGAAGACCACCAUGGCCUCCCGGAAGGUCAUUGUCACUGUCCAAGCGCGACCUGCGGUGCCCGUGUGCUGGGCUGAGGGCCACAUGACCAAAGGCAAUGAUGUGGUGCUGAAGUGCUUUGCCAAUGGGGGCACCCAGCCCUUCUCCUACAGGUGGGCCAAGAUCAGUGGGCGCAUCCACCCCUACCGUGCCGGAUCCUACCACUCCCAGACCAGCUUCCACUCUGAGCACUCUUACCAGGAGUCUUUUCACAGCUCCUUUGUCUCAAGUCUGGGCAACGGGGACCUGGUGCUGAAGGAUAUCUCCCGUGAGGAUGACGGGCUGUAUCAGUGCACAGUGGCCAAUCAUGUGGGCUACAGUGUGUGCGUGGUGGAGGUGAAGGUCUCAGAGUCCUGGCGUAUAGGCGUGAUCAUCGGCGCAGUACUGGGCUCUCUGCUCAUUCUGGGCUGCCUGUUGGUGGGCAUCUGGGGGCUCGUCUGCUGCUGCUGCGGGGGCACCGGGGCUGGCUGCACCCGAGGUGUCUUUGGCUACCGCAACGGCGGCGGCGGGGUCAGCGGAGGGGCCUGCGACUUGGCUAAUGAGAUCAGAGAGGACGCCGUGGCGCCUGGGUGCAAGGGCAGCGGGCGCGGCAGCCGCGUCACCCACCUCCUGGGGUAUCCGACGCAGAACGUCAGUCGCUCCCUGCGCGGCAAGUACGCGCCCCCGCCCUGCGGCGGCCCCGAGGACGUAGCCCUGGCGCCCUGCACCUCCGUUGCUGCUGCCGCCAGCGAAGCGGGCCCUUCCCCGGUCCACGUCAAGGUCAAGAGCGCCGAGCCGGCCGAAAGCGCCCAGGGGCCGUUGCCUUCUUGCAAAGGCGGCUUGGUGGUGUGAGCGCGCGCGUCGCGCCGGGCUGCGCCCCGGCGGGAAGGAGGGUGCGGGGACUCUCUGCCCGCAGCUGGGGACACGCUCGGCCGGCGCCGAUCUUGCACUCCCCAGGCCGCCUGGUGGCUGGGGGCUGACAGCAUUUCGCUCGGGAAGUGCGGGAAGGCAGAGCCUCCUCCCCGAAAGUGGAAGGGGGCGGGGAAGGGCACAGAAAGACCAUCCACAGCCCUCGCCGCACCCCCGGGGCCCCAAGGCUCCCGGGAAGGGAGGGAGAAGGAAGCCGAGACAGUGUCCGAGAGCGGCUGAGGCCGGAGGCCCGGUGUCCCCAGCCAAGGCAGAGGGCCCCAGGGGCCAGGUGGGGUGGGAGUCUGGGCUGAAUUGUCUGUGUGUGAGAUCUGAGCUCUGAGGCAGCAGUAUUAGCACAAUAAAUAAACCGUAUGACUUGAGACUGAGGUGGCUGUGGUUCUGAGGAGGGUUGGGCAAGGGGAGAGUGUGGAGGGGCCCUGUCCAGGGAUGGGGGAGGUUACUCCCUGUUGCUCCCUACUCAUCUCUGCACCAUCUUCUCCUUUUUCCUUAGAUCCCAAGGCGUCUGGGCUGGGAGGGACCAUCUAAUCCUCUUCCUUCGCUAUACAGAUGGGAAACAGACCCCUCGGGCUGGACUUUAAAUCCAGAAUCUUGCUUUUCUCUUUUAUUACAGAAGGUCAGAAUAGGGGAAACGGGCUGGCAGGGGUGACCUCUGAAUAUUCCCGGACCAGGACCUCUUUUCUUCAUCUACCCAAUCCUGAUUUCUUUAUCUCACCCAGAUGCAUGCCUUCCUUCUGGGAAGGGUUGCAGUCAUAGUCUCUGGGGGUACAAAGACUUUCAAGGGCAUCUAACCCAACCCUUCUUUUGUUGGGAAGGGGAUUGCCAUUUAUGGGGUACCUACUGAAUGCCAGGUGCUUUCAGAUGUUUUAUUUAAUUCUUUAAUCCUGUGAGGUUGUGCAUUAUUGCCGUUAUACAGAUAAAGAAACUGAGGCUCAAAGGGAUAAGGUAUCGUGAUCAAGAUCACAAAGGUAGUAGUAAUUCAGGAUUUGAUCCAGAUGUAUUUGACUCCAAGGACACGAGGCUAUUUCUUUAUUUGGAUUAUUUCUACAGCAUUCCUGGAAAAGAAUCUUCCAAUCUCUUCUUGAGUACCCCCAGUGGCUGCUCACUACCUCCCAAAGCAGUCCAUUCUGCCUCUGACUGUCAGAGACAUAUUUCUUCUAUUGAACUCAGUUUUGUCCCCAAAUAGCUUUUAUCCUUUAGUCCAAGUUCUACUCUCAGGGAGCCCCAAGCAGCACAUCUCCAAGUCAGCUACCUCCAGUGGACCAAGUCCAUACAGGACGGCAGCAACAGGCACACAACUGGAAGUGGGUCUGGUCUGGGGGCUGAGAGCUUUCUGAAGAGCAUAGAACUUCAGGGUCUCUCAGUUCUACUUGCUUCUGCCCAGAUGGGAAACCCUGGUGGUGUAGUGUUUGAAUCUGCCAGGCAUUCCUUGAAAACUCAACGGGGUGGUUCUACUCUGUCCUGUAGGGUCACUAUGAGUCGGAAUUGACUCGAUGGCAGUGGUUUUUGGCUGCCCAGAUGUCUGCCUGUUGAGAGCCCAGGCUCUUUCUUCUCUCCUGGUCUCUUUUCUCUUGGAGGAGAAGCUGGCUGUGCUUGGGAAGAGAAAGGAGAAAUGAUGGUGGGAAAGAGGGAGCCAGGGACAACUGUCUUGUGGAUGAGGAGAUGAGGGCCUCCUUGGGGAUGGAUGAGGGGAUUAGACUGUGAGGGGAACAGAGGAUGCCAGGAACAUCUAUCCCUUCAUUUAUUUGGUCACAUUUAUGAGGACCAAUAAGGUGACCUAGGGUGUCCCUGGAUGGCACAGAUGAUUAAGCUGUGACUGAAAGUUUGGCAGUUUGAACCCACCCAGAGGUGUCUUGGAAGAAAGGGCCUGGUGAUCUGUUUCUGAAAGGUCACAGCCUUGAAAACCCUUCAGAGCACAGUUCUACUCUGACACACAUGGGGUCACCAUGAGUUGAAAUUGACAGAAACUGUGUAUGUGUGUAUGUUUAAUAAUGUGACCUGUUCACAGAGACUUCGAUCUUCAGCAGGUCCCCGGGCCUGGCACACUUCUGCUUCAGGCAGAAGACUGAAUAGGAUGAUUUUGAGAGGGCCCUCUCUGAGGAGCCUCCAGCUCUGCCUCCUGCCAGCUGGUGAGGAGCGAGGCAGCUAACUGGCUGUAGAGGUUGUGUUGAGUGACAUCAUUUUCCCCAUUCCAGAAGCCAUGGAGCCAUGCUCCGACUGAGCCUUCAUUUGAGGGGUGAGAAGAGUGGGGCUCUGGCAAGAAAAGCUCAUUAAAAAGCAGCAAGAGAGAUUUCAGGCAGACUCUUUAGACAAUUUCUUGUUAGGAAGGGAAGCCAGGGACACUCCUAAAUCCAAGGCUGGGAUCAGUCAUGAUCAGGGCACUUAGUGCCCCAGGGCGAUGAAGGAGGGAAGUUUCUGCUCCAACAUUUUGCUUCCAGGAUGCUUUGGUCUUUUUUGUUCCUGUCUCCAAUGUGAAACUUGUCCGAUGCUGAAGAAGUCUUGUGGCGAUAAAUGCUUGACAGUUGGCCCUCAGUGGGAAAAGAGGGGCAAGCCUUGAGGUGCAGCACUUAUCAAUUUCAGUGAUAUAAAUACUCCCGCCAUGACCAGUUGCAAGCUACCAGUGGGACACCACUGACGUGGAGCUGGAAGAACUGUGCAGUAUCACACCAUUGUGUAGAAUUUCCACAAUACAGAUAGCCUAGAAGUAAAUAACUUCCAUCCAGAGCUUAAAGCUUAGAUAAUAGUAAAUGGUAGUAAAAUAACUAGGAAGGGAUGAGUUUUGAUCACCUUUGUUUUUAAUUUGUUUUCUAAUUGUAAAUUUAUAUAAUUUAAUUUUUAAUAAUGGAUGUGUGUAACAACCGGCUUGCAGAAUUUAGGAGACUGUGUCACAGGCAAGCAGAAGGCUGUGCAUACAGCCCUGCCCCAAAAGAGGAAAUCACAAGACCAGUCCGAGUUUUCUCCGUGUUUCCAUAGAAACACGAAGAUCACACUCAGUUAUCUCCAUUUCACUUCCUUUUGCGUUUUUCCCGGCCUUCCUGAAGCUGACUUCCAGUUCCUCUGGUCAAUGAAAAAGCAAAUACGAUCGUUUCUGUCUCCUGUAGUCAUGAAACCUAACUGGACACCCACGGAACUUCUGUGAAGCUGCCUGGCUGCCCUGGGCAAUCUGUCCAGGAGACACUGAGUCCUCACUGACUCAGCUCCUUCUCCGACCUUCUUCCCCAGGCUUUAGGAAGUCAUCUUGUAGUCAUUGCCUCUUAAGCUUCAAAUUCUUAAGACCAGGAGUGGCUUGGAAUCACAAUGAAUUUUCUCCACAGACUCUGAUUAGAAUAAGCCAUAGCGUGUGUGCUGCCCGAUUACAUUUCAGUUGUUGCAGGCCCAGUCAGACUGUGAUGACUCUGGGAGGGGUUAAUUUUGUUUGGCUCACUGGUAACAGGGAGUUUUGGGAAUUGCCCAAUCACUGUCCUUCCGGAGUAUGGAACUGCUGGACUCCUGUGGGUUUAGGCUGUGGCCUGCCUCAGGAUAGGGGACCAGACUAGAACUUUAACCCUGUUCCCUGAAGCUUCCCAGGAAAUGGAGCCUUCUCAAAGCUGUUCCCUGGUGGGAGUCCGGGGAACCCCUGCUGUGGAGUUUACACUCUUCAUCCAUGCAGCCCCUCCCAAAAAAUCUCUAAAAAGCAAACCAGUUCAACUCGUGGUGACCCCAUUAGUUGCAGUGUAGAACUGCACUUCGUAGUUUUUUUUUAGUGUUUUAAUAUUCUUUAUUUAUUUGGUAAACUUUCAUUUAUUCUUCACCGUAUUUUAGAUGUUUUGACCUAACUUCCUUUCUGUUUCUUUUGGUAGAUUUAUAACAGUUGGUUGGUAGGGAAAUUUUUGUUCAGAUUUGUGCGUACAUUUUUCAAAACAAACUGAGGAACCUUUAGUUUUACAUUUAGCAGUUUAUUUUGUGGUAGGAGGCCCAUAGGGUUCUCAAGGCUGUGACCUUUUGGAAGCAGAUCGCCAGCCCUGUCUUCCAAGGUGCCUCUGGGUGAGUUCGAACUGCCAAUCUUUCAGUUAGUAGCUGAGCACUUAGCAGUUUACACCACCCAGGGACCCCUUUCAUCCAUCCAGCACAUCCUGAGUAAUCACUUUAUUUGCUCCUGAUAUAUGGAAGCAAAACCAAUCCCAUUCAGUUCUUUGGGGUUAGAUUAUGAAGAGUGUGCUGAGGGAAAAACUAUGAGACGUGGGCCCAUGCAGCAAGCUGGGGAUAGUGGCUGCUUCGGGAAAUCUGGGGGAGCUUGGAAUUGGGCACUGAGCCUGCAGGUGGGGAAGGCGCAAGGCAGCCUUCAGCCACCUCUCUGCGCCCAUGGCCCCCAGCAGCCCUCCUGGGUCCAGCAGGCAGGAUGGGACACUCAGCGCUUGUAGGAGCCUGAAGCCCUUGACAAAGGCAGAGAAUGGGGCAGAAGUGGAUGGGGUGAAACUGCUGAGCUCACUUGUAUAGAGGCUGAGUUUGAGGUGAUGGGAAACCCUUGUAUAGGGUAGCCUGAGGGAGGAACAGAGGGAAGAAGGGAGGAAGAAAACUUGUAAGAAAUAUUUGUGGGCAUGUUCACAGAUGCAAAGGAAAAAAACCUCAGUUUUGGAGUCAGACGAACUUGAAUGCAGAGUUAUUUAACAAGCUCCUAAAGCCUCAGUUUCUUCAUCUGUAAAAUGGGAAUAGUAACAGGGCUCUUCUUGUGAAGUGCCUAUCACAGAGCCUGGUACAUAGUAGGAGGUCAGCAAAUGGUGGAUCCCCAGUGCCCCACUAGUAUAUAAUUUCACCUUUCACAAGAGGGCAGGCCUGAGACCCUGAUCCAACUACAGAGGUAGGAAUCACGGUGUCUGCAGUGGGUGGUCCGCAGAGAGGGGGACAGAGUAAGGAGUAUGAAGCCCUGGGGUUGAACCUGGGGAAAGAGGGAAGGAGUCCAGAAACCAGCAGGUAGAGAAGUGAGAGGAGAGCCAGGACUUGCCUCUUGAGUCCCGGAAUUCAUGUGCAGAUGUUAGUAUUGAAAACAAUCCUCAUUAGUAAUAGUGAUACUGAUACUAACAGGAAGCACCUGAAACACAAGCUCAGCAGGGUGCCAGAGUCAUGUCAAAGAAGAAGCUGCCAGAAUCCUUGGGCCACCUCCCUAGACCAGGGCGCGCCCUCCUGGGCCCUUCAUCUACCUGCUCUCAGCUGCUGCCACUCAGGCCUCGUCGUCUGUUCUCUGGGCCCAGUGUCCACUGUGGCACCCUCUGUAGCACUGGCUUUGACAGCCCUUCCAGGUGGACAGUCCCUCCUGAAGGGCUUCCACACUGCCCCCAGCUCUCCCAAAGUUGAGGAGAGACCCUCCUAGCAGGGAACAUACAGAUUUUCUUAAACAUUUUUGGGAGAGUCCACUCAGUCUUGGAGUUGAGCUCUUUGGGCCCUUACUUCUUGCCCGUCUCUGGCCUGGAGUGUAGACUGCCCCUUCUUGUCAGUCCCCACAGACACCCCUGGUCUCCCCUGCCUCCUUCCUCUUCCUGCCUGGAUGCCAUGACAGCCUUGUGGCCUCUCCCUGCCGUGACUCACUUGACUUCACUCCUAUGGCUCUCCAAAUGCUGGAAUUCCAGCUUUAUUCCCUGCCCCAGCCCAGCCCAGCCCAGCCCAGCCCAGCCCAGCCCACACCUCCCUAUAGCCAAGGCUGCUUUCCUUGUCUGUAAAACUCUUUUUCCUCUCUCUCCUUGUUUCUUUUCUUAGUCUGCCUCUUUCUGUAGGAAGGCAGACUGGCCGCACCCUCUUCAUUUUCCCAGUCUCUGCUCCUAAGACCAAAACCAAACCCAUUGCCAAGGAGUGGAUUGUGAUUCAUGGAGACCCAUGUGUUACAGAGUAGAACUGCUCCAAUGGGUUUUCUUGGCUGUAAUCUUUAGGGCAGUAGAUUGCCAGGCCUUUCUUCCGAGGAGCCACCCGGUGGGCUCAAACCAUCAACCUUUAGGUUAGCGGUCACUUGAAAACCCUUUGCACCACCUAGGGACCUAUCCUGCUCCUAAACUAUUGCCAUCAAAUUCAUUCUGACUCACAGUGACCCUGUAGGACAGAGUUGAACUGCCCCCUAGGGUUUCCAGGGCUGUAAUCUACACAGCGGCUGGUGGGUUCAAACCGCCGACCUUUAGGUUAGCAGCCAAGCACUUAACCACUGUGCCACCAGGGCUCCUAUCCUGCUUCUAGACAAGGGAAAAUGGUGCCUACUUUACUACCUUUCUGUUUUCUGAGGGUGUCCUGUUACCCUCCCUCCCCCAUCAGACUAGGUAAUCUUCUCCUGAGGGCAGGCCUGUGUCUCCUCCUGAGAUCUCAGCAUCUGUUCCUGUCCAGCACUCAGACUUUCUCCCUAAACUAACCUUCUCUAAGCUUAGUGUGUUGGAUAAAGCGUGUAGUAGAGACUGUUCCCCACGACUUGGGUUAUGACAAUAACCCAUGUCUGUGAUUACUUCCAACUCCCUGGGUGGUGCAAAUGGUUAACAAUAUUGGCUGCUAACAGAGAGGAUCCGGGUUUGAGUUCACCCAGAGGCGACACAGAAGAAAGACUUAGCCAUCACCAUCUAUUUCCAAAAAAUCAGCCACUGAAAACCCUGUGGAGCACAGUUCCACUCUGACACAUGUGGGGCUGCCAUGAGUUGAAGUUCAUUCAAGCAACUGGUUUUACUUCAGGGAAAUGUGAUGGGAAAAGCCACACAUUUCCUGCAAAUUCUCCUCAAAGGCGGCGUUCCAGGAGAGGGCCCAUCAACUGAUGAGCAGAGGAAGGGAGGGCUUAGAGAACGGUAUAACUGGAGCUCUGGGCCUCCCAGGACCAGAGCAACGGGCUGAAUUAGGCACGGCUCUAUUGUUCUAUGGGAUAGUCAAGGGGCUUCUGUGUCUUUGACUAACAGGCUCUUUAGAAACAGUUCUGCCCCAUAUAGAAUGCAGGCUUCUCAUACAUAGUUUAUCAAAGACUUGAGGCAAAUACAUGUUUGCAAUUGGUGCAUUAAAAAAAUUCAGCAACAGGUCCUUGGUCAGGAACCUAACCUGCUAUUAUAGCAUUGUUCCUGUGGGGAAAUCUGAUUCCUUCCUUUCAGUAAACACCAGUCUUUCCAGGAAUGCAGUCUGAGAAAGCGAGGAACCUCCCGUCUACCUCCCCCACCUCUCUGUCUAUUUAUUUAAAAUCUGUAUGCCAAAAAAACCCAAAUGUAUGCACCCAGGCCGAUGUUUAACAGACAUCUCAAACUUAGCAUGCCCCAAACACUGCCCUUGACCUUCCUUAAUCCACUCCACCUACGCCCACUGUCCAGCCCGUCUCAGUUGAUGGCAACUCUGUCCUUCCUUGACUCCUGUCUUUCUCACUAAGCCUUUCUUCCCACGCCCAGUCUGUAAGGAAAUCCUGUUGGCUCUACCUUGGUAGCAGAUCCAGGGUCUAACCCUGCUGCCCUUCUCCCCAUUACCUCCUGGCUCCCAGCCACCAUCUUUUCUUGCCUGGGUUACAGCAAUAGCCUCCCAGCCAGACUCCCUGCUUCCUCCCUCACCCACCUACGGUUUAUUCUUAAUGGAGUGGCCAGAGCAUUCUUAAAUCGUCCUUUUGCUCAAAUUCCUGAAAUGGCUUCCUGCUUUACUCAGAGCCAAAGCCGAGGUCCUUACACUGGCCCCACAGGCCUUAUCUGUCACCUCUGACCUGAUCUAGUCCCCUUUUCCCCCGGCUCUCUCCACUCAGCCACACUGGCUCCAACUGUUUCUUGAAUGCCUUAGGGUCUUUGCCCUGGCUGCUCUCCUUGCCCACAGUGGUUUUCCUCUAGAUUUCCCAAUGGCUAAAUCCCUCACCGCCUUCAAGUCUUUGCUCACCCAUCUCCCCUCAGUGAGGUCUACCAUGAUUUAAGAUGGCAACCUCCU